CAAAACGCACCAGGACUAGCAGGAGAGCUUUCCCGGCUGGAGAAAAAAACAACAACACAAAAACACGGGAGAAAUCCUCUAAAAAGAGAGCGGAGCGAGGAUGAUGAGAGACGUUACCGCUUCACAGGAAGGUCAUUCCCGAAAAACAUAAGCAGUGCGCAGACUAUAUGGAUAUUUGGAGUAUACCCGACUGCAAGUGAAGAAGACCCCGAAACAGUGAAACAUUGUCCCGGCUUUUUAUUAUCCGGAAAAGCAAGGCAUGGGGGGAAUUACAUCUCGACAAGGCAGCACAGGAUAGAAGAUCUGACGAGCGGAGAAAGGACAGUGAAUAAGGACCUCGCUGCGGUGAGGAGCUGCAUAACUGUGACUGUUUUCUCCUCGCCUGUACGCCGGCAGGCUCCAGUACCACAGCUGAUGACUGUCCCUCAGGUGGCUGGAUUGCAGGGCUGAGCGGGAAGCCUGUGUGUUUGCCGAGGGGGGUGCCCCGGCUUGUAUGUUGGUCACUUGCAGUUGCACUCGCUCACAAGGACCAUGUGGUUUUCUCCAAGGAGAAGUCGUCUCCCCUCGCAGAACUGGCACGGUGCCCACAGUUGCACCAAUCUGCCCUUGUGGGUGUUGAGUUUUUGUUGGUGCUUUGCGGCCAUGAGAGGUCAGAACUACCACCCCACUGUGAACACGCAGUACGGGAAACUCAGAGGGGUGAGGGUGCCCCUGCCGAGCGAGAUUCUGGGGCCGGUGGACCAGUAUCUUGGGGUUCCGUACGCCGCCUCCCCAGUGGGAGAAAAGCGCUUCAUGCCCCCGGAGCCUCCUUCCUCCUGGUCAGGGAUCAAGAAUGCCACUCACUUUGCUCCCGUCUGCCCCCAAAAUAUUCACAACGCUGUGCCAGAGAUCAUGAUGCCUAUAUGGUUCACCUUCAACCUGGAUAUAGUUACUACAUACAUACAGGAUCAACACGAGGAUUGUCUUUAUCUAAACAUCUAUGUUCCAACUGAGGAUGACAUACGAGAUACUGGGGCCAAGCCUGUGAUGGUCUACAUCCACGGAGGAUCCUACAUGGAGGGGACAGGCAACAUGAUCGAUGGGAGCGUCCUAGCCAGCUACGGGAAUGUCAUCGUUAUCACUCUCAACUACCGCGUCGGAGUCCUUGGCUUCCUCAGUACCGGUGACCAGGCUGCUAAAGGGAACUAUGGACUCCUGGACCAGAUCCAAGCUUUACGGUGGAUCAGUGAGAACAUCGGUUUCUUUGGAGGAGACUCCAAUCGCAUUACUGUGUUCGGUUCUGGGAUCGGAGCUUCCUGCGUCAGCCUGCUUACCCUCUCCCACCACUCUGAAGGUCUGUUUCACAGAGCCAUCAUUCAGAGCGGGUCAGCCCUCUCCAGCUGGGCGGUGAACUACCAGCCAGUCAAGUAUACACGUCUCCUUGCAGAGAAGGUAGGCUGUAACGUCCUGGACACCUUAGACAUGGUGGACUGUCUGAGGAAGAAGAGCUCCAGGGAGCUGGUGGAGCAGGACAUCCAACCAGCGAGGUACCACGUGGCCUUUGGACCUGUAAUCGAUGGGGAUGUUAUUCCAGAUGACCCUGAGAUCCUGAUGGAGCAGGGUGAGUUCUUAAACUAUGACAUCAUGCUGGGGGUCAACCAGGGUGAGGGGCUGCGGUUUGUUGAGAACGUGGUGGAUUCAGAGGACGGCGUGUCUGGAAACGACUUUGACUUCUCUGUGUCAGACUUUGUGGACAGUCUGUACGGGUACCCGGAGGGCAAGGACACGCUGAGGGAGACCAUUAAGUUCAUGUACACAGACUGGGCAGACAGGGACAAUCCAGAGACUAGGCGCAAGACACUAGUGGCUCUGUUCACCGACCACCAGUGGGUGGAGCCAUCGGUGGUGACGGCUGACCUCCAUGCUCGCUACGGCUCACCCACUUAUUUCUACGCCUUUUACCACCACUGCCAGAGCCUGAUGAAGCCAGCCUGGUCAGACGCCGCCCACGGGGACGAGGUGCCCUAUGUUUUUGGAAUUCCUAUGAUUGGUCCCACUGACCUUUUCCCGUGUAAUUUCUCCAAGAACGAUGUCAUGCUGAGCGCUGUGGUCAUGACCUACUGGACCAACUUUGCCAAGACUGGGGAUCCCAACAAACCGGUUCCACAAGACACGAAGUUCAUCCACACCAAGGCCAACCGCUUUGAAGAGGUGGCGUGGUCCAAGUACAACCCCCAGGAUCAGCUGUAUCUCCAUAUUGGCCUGAAGCCACGUGUGCGCGACCACUACCGCGCCACCAAAGUGGCCUUCUGGAAACACCUAGUGCCCCACCUGUACAACCUCCACGACAUGUUCCAUUACACCUCCACCACCACCAAAGUGCCCCCGCCAGAGACCACCCAGAACACCCUGUCUACCAAGAGGCCUAACGGCAAAACCUCAUGGCCGUUCAACACCAAGCGGCCUCCCAUGUCACCGGCCUACAACAGCGAGGACAAAGACUCUUGGAGCGACGACGAGGAGCCGGGACCGCUGGUGGUGGAGAACCCGCGGGAUUACUCCACAGAGCUUAGCGUUACCAUCGCUGUUGGAGCCUCUUUGCUGUUCCUCAAUGUGCUUGCUUUCGCAGCUCUCUACUACCGCAAGGACAAGCGGCGGCAGGACUCCGGCCACGGGCAGCCCAGCCCGCAACGCCAGACCACCUCCAACGACAUUGGCCACCACGCGCCCGAGGAGGAGAUCAUGUCGCUGCAGAUGAACCAGACGCACCAUGAGUGCGAGGCGGGGAACAGCAACGAGGGGGCACUACGCUUGGCCUCGCUGCCCGAUUACACACUCACUCUGCGGCGCUCUCCGGACGACAUUCCCCUCAUGACCCCCAACACCAUCACCAUGAUCCCCAAUUCCCUUGUGGGCAUGCCCAACCUGCACCCCUACAACACCUUCACAACCGGCUUCAACUCCACCGGCCUGCCGCACUCCCACUCAACCACCCGCGUAUAGCUUUAAGGAGG